UCUCCAUGAUGACAACUUUAAAAUACCAACAGUAGCCAAGAGGGCUGCAACUGCCUGAUAGCGAUUAUUAUUUUUUCAAAUGGUGAUCUCCUUUUUAUCGCGUCGAGUGUUGCCUACGUUUUGAAUGAGAUUAGCGUGUUAACGUUAGCUGAGCAGCUAGCAUGAAGUCGCUGCUUUUUGUUUACUUCCAGUCCUGAUGAUGACGGGCCCGGAGAGGUGUGUUAGCUAAGCCCAGAUACACGACCUGUUUGCUGGGGAGUUAUCCUCCUAAAGCCCGCAGUGUCAGGACGGGGGUCAAACUGCUGCCACCUCGAGGUGAUGGAGGUUUCCCCUCAGGAUCCAUCUGUCAUGGCUAUGGACCUGUCAAAGGGCUUCUCGGUCAACCCUCUGAGCCGCGGCCACACUGAAGCCAUGGACCUGGCCAAGAAGCCCGAGUGGUAUCACCGACGGCUGCCGAGCUGCAACACUGAGAUCAGCUCCCCGUACAGAUCCCGAGCCUCGUCCUCCUACAACUCUCAUCCUGGUCUCCACUGCAGGGACAUGGAGCAGGGUCCCGAGUCGCUGAGUAGCUACAUGAAUUCAACACUAGCUCCUGGGAUGUACCCUAACAACAACCUGUGGCAUGCAGGUUUUUCAGUUCCUGAAAGCAGCGGCGGAGAGGAGAGCGACAGCGGCUCUGAUGUUAUUUUCCUUGUUUCGUCUGCUAAGGAGCCACUCUUAUGCAGCUCUUUCCUCCAGGACAGCAUGAGGCACAUCGUGGAGCCUCUGUCCCCGGCGGUGUCCUCGCUGGAAGAAGAGCAAGGCUGCUAUCACCUACCUCAGCCCCUGAGCUCGCCCAGUCCCGACAGCUCAGACUCAGAGGACUCCUCAGACAGCUCCAUGGACAUCCCCAUACAUCACGCCAGGCCCGUCGUGCUCCUGUCAGACCUAAACACUGCUUACGCACACCCUGCUGAAGCCCUGAUGGAUAUUUCAAGCGACGACAGUGACGUCAUUGAAGUUUCUGUUACUAGCAAAAACAAGAAAACUGUUUCUUGUAAGAAAAGUCUAGCGAGAGAAACUCCUCCUCAGAGCGAGGAUGAAAAAGCUCCUCCAAGAAAAAUCAGACGCAGCCCUAGAAUCAGGAAAUAUGUGUCUGAAAUACCACAAUACACCUGCAGCGUGUCGCCCCGCAGCGUGACCAGGUACAGUUUGAGGAGGCAAGCUAAAAAUGACGUGGUGGGUAUUUACAACGAAAGCUGUGACUCUGACGACAUGAUGGGGUACGAGGCAAGGUUGUCCAGCUUGGACACAGAGGAGUCGGCAUCGCAACCAAAUGUGUCCCAAAGAGUGAGCAGCAACUCAGAGGAGUCUGACGCGGCCUCUCAGACAGACAGGAAGUCACCGCAGAGAGAGCAGCAGCCUCGCAGCAAAGCUAUCAAUUGUAAACAAAAGAAGCCACCCGCCCUUUGUAAAACUAAAACAACAAGAACUAAACAGACACAAAAAUGCACAAUUGCUACAGAGCAGCAUGAAAGUAAGAAAAACAAAAAAACAGUGACAAGACGGAAGAAAAAAGUGCGCUCGCGGCCAACUGGACCUUGUUCUCUCUUUUCUCCCAGAGAGCCGGAAAUAAAGCUCAAAUAUGCAAACUUAAAAGAGAGAAAACCGAAAAAGACAUCGGGGAGUUUUUUCCCUUUUGUGCAUGUUCAAAAGAGGGCGUUUACUGUUGUCAACUAUCCAGAGGAGGAGGCGACCAUGAGGAGGGGACAACAGCAGAAAGCGUCCUCUCUGUCCGGGUUUGUUCCGCACACUUCCUGUUUCCAGCUGGGCCGCUCUGUCUCGGAGAGCGGGUGUGAGGCGACGCUGCUGUGCUGCCUGUGCGGUCAGACGGCAAAUGCCACGGCCUGGGGGACCUUCACGGCCCGUAUUACCCCACCGGCCCGUCUCUGCAGUGCAAGACUGAGCAGAAAGAGGACGGACAAUUAAACGCCAGCAGAGGCUCAGUAAACUCAGACAAUGACUGCAAUGGCGGAAAAAUUUUGCUUGAGGGUGACAACCACUCUCUCCCAAAGGUUGUAUGGUCUGCCAAAGUUCCCUCCAGAGGAAGUUUCCCCCCUGUCUGAAACACCUCCAUCUGACUCCUUGGUUUACUUCCGUAACUGAUUGACAUCAUGCUUCUAUUGGCUAGCGCUCCAACACAUUGUAUGUGAUGGGCUAAGUGUAGGGACAUCGCUAGACGGUUGUCCAAUCACAACAGAGCCGGCCAGCUAACCAAUCAGAGCAGACUGGGCCCUGGUUGCAGACAGAAGGUGCCUCUCUGUGUGGACGAGGGCUGGAUCCACGCUGACUGCGGUAUCUGGUCCACCGGCGUCUUCCUGGUCGGAGGGAAGCUGUACGGCUUGGAGGAGGCGGCCCAGCUCGCACAGGAAACGAAAUGUUCAGCGUGCCAACAGACCGGUGCAAUAAUGGGAUGUUUCCAGAAAGGCUGUCAUAGAAGUUAUCACUACUCGUGUGCCAAUCAGUCAGGGUGUGUCUUAAAGGAGGAUAACUUCUCGAUUAGAUGUCCAGAGCACAAAAAACCGUUCACAUGUGUAAACAAACAACACAACAGAUGACGUGAAGACACAUCAGGCACUGGAGAGUGAUCCCCAGAUCUCCUCAGGGUGCGACGUGAUCGGCUUGACUUCACCUCGUCUGUUUUAUAACAUUAAUUAACGUGAGUGAGUGAGAGCAGGGGCCAUCUUCGGAAAUUCUUUUUAUGGGAUGUUUCUUUAAUUUGUUGCACCAACUGGACACAAGUGGAGUGUGGGAAUGGAUAUUUGUUCCUCGUCACAAAAACAUAACAAUGAUGUGUAUUGGAGUUUAAGUGAGCUUUAUUUAUUUGUUGUAUAGAUCAUGAUAUCUUUAUAUAAAGCCACUCCUUUUGUUUCUACUGUUUUUGUACUACUUUCUAAUUCCUGUCUGUGCCUCAUGCAACAAAACUCUUAUUUAUUUUCAUCAAGCUGCAUGCACACUUGAUGUUUUCUACUAUGAACUUCAAAGUUUAAUUUCAUCUGUUUUUAUUUAAAUCUCUUUGUAGACCUUUCCCUUUUAGCUACUUUAUUCUGAAUUAAAUGUAUUUAUUUCUGGGGUGUGUUCAGUGGCUGGGAUGGUAGAAAUCUUCUUUUGUUAUCAAAGGUCAAAGGGUCGGUUCAAAGAAAUCACAUAAUGACUUACUCCAAAGUGGUAUAAAGGUCGCAUUCACACCUGAUGCGCACCAGAAGUAAGUUUGUUUCAUUUUUCAGAAGGUUUGGGCAAAACUCAAACAAACUAUAAACUGGAAACAAAAAUGAUGUGCACGGAAAUGCUGUUCAACAGUUGGUCAGACAUUAAGCGGGCAAAAACACAUGUCCCGGCAAUUUCUACAUAGCCUCCACCAUGGAGCGUCGGCAGGUUAUUUUCAUGCUGCUGUUAAUCUGGAGAGCAUAUCAACAGACUCUAGCGGACUUCUUUAAGGCCGUUUUAAAUGGUAGGCCCAUAUGUGUUAACAUUUUGACACAUUUGCUUCAUAAACAAUAUGAGAGCUAUCAGUAUUUCCAGAAUUGAAUGAAACCCUAUUUGGUUUGCCUACAUUUCUAAACAUGUCAGUACAGCAUUGAAAUAAACUACAUAUAAAACAUAUAUACACCGGGACACAUUAAUGUACAAAAGACAUUAAAAAUGGCAUUUUGCAUAAUUGGGGACCUUUGAAGCACGAAUAGCUCAAAGUAUUUCCUGUUUCAGUGCAUACAUGGAUGUACACACUUCUUUUUCUGAUGAAUUUAAUAGUGAAGACAAAUGCAUCUUGUUCUACAUUGAUUUACUUGAGUCUUUUUUUUGCCUAUAUUUGCGAAAAUUAAAACUACGCAACAUUUGUA